AUGCCGAACCAGAUCCAGGACAUCACCACCCGGGACGAGAUCUCGUUCACGUACAUUUUCGAGCAGAAUGUGUCUAUCUCGCUGAAGGACAAAUCGGGCCUGGUCCGGUGCAAUGUCUAUAGACCAAAGACAUCAGAGAAAUGCCCCGUGCUUGUCACUUACGGUCCAUAUGGGAAAGAUAUCAGCUACGAAGCUUUUCAUCCUAAAAGCUUCAGCGAAGUAAAUCCCGAGCAAAAGUCAGAGCAUUCGGCCUGGGAGACCCCCGAUCCCAAGUUCUGGACGGGCCAUGGCUAUGCCGUCGUCCGGGCCGACGAGCGCGGCACAGGCCAGUCGGUGGGUAAGCUCGACACUAUGUCCCGGGGCACCAGCGAGGCGUUCUUUGAUGUGGUAGAGUGGGCAGCCGAACAGCCCUGGUCGUCGGGCAAGGUUGGCUUGCUGGGGAUUAGUUACUAUGCGGGCAGCCAGUGGCGCGUAGCUGCCCGCCAGCCCAAGGGUCUUUCCUGUAUUAUUCCUUGGGAGGGUAUGUCGGACUACUACAGGGAUCGUUGUCGACAUGGCGGAAUUCUGUCUUAUGGAUUCAUCAAGUUCUGGUGGGACCGCCAGGUUCUCAGCAACCAAUAUGGACUACCAGGCAAGGCCGCAAGGCAUUGGGGCCCUGAUACCAUUGAAGGCGAUUUGCUUGAGGAAGAACUGGUUCAAAAUCGCCAGGAUCAAACAGUUGACAAUGUCGAAAACCGAUUCCGAGAUGACCUUUACUACGCCUCCAAGGAAUACAGCAUGUCGGACAUCCAGGUGCCCCUUUCUAUCGACCUGAAGUAUCUGCGGUUUAUCACUGGACGGCACGAUCUGCCUUUUUACUAUGCUGAGGAGGUCGAGCUGCAACGGAGUUUCUUGGAUGCUUUCCUCAAAGGGGAUGAUCGUAUCGGGUGGUCUACAGGUACUGCACCGAAGGUCGAUAUCGUCCUCCGCAAAGGUGAUGUGGGAUUUAAUAAUGCCGAAGAGGAAAGAAAAUUCCCUCGCAGAGUCGAAAAUGAAUGGCCCAUCGCUCGCACCCAGUACACACGGUUCUAUCUGACUUCUCAGCGUGAACUCCUCGCCACAUCCGAACCUCCGCGGGAGCCUCGUCCCAGCAAGGCCUCAUACCAAGCCCUGGGCACGCUCGACAACCCUCAGCUCAUCCAGUUCACCACACCCCCAUUUGAAACGGAAACCGAGAUUACAGGCCACGUCGUGGCCCACCUGAACGUGUCAAUGAGUGCCAACCCCGGUCAGUCCACUCCUCAGGACAUGGAUCUGUUCGUUACACUCCGGCAUAUCUCUCCUGUCGGAAAGGAGGUCGUCUACACUGGCACAGCGGGCGAUCCAGUUCCUCUGUGCAAGGGAUGGCUACGUGUGAGCAUGCGUCAAGUCAACCACGAACAUCCGCGAAACCGGCCCUGGCUGCCUCACCGGAACUACUACUCGACUGAUGUGCAGCCAGUGAUCCCCGGUGAAGUGUAUACAGUGGAUGUAGAAGUGUGGCCAACAAACGUGGUUGUCGAGAAGGGUGGCAAGAUCGUGCUGGAGGUCGCGAGUGGCGAUACUCAAGGCUGUGGAGUCUUCCAACACCAUUCACCCAUUGACCGGCCUCCCGAGCGUUUCCAAGGUCAAAACCAUAUCCAUUUCGGGCUCGGCGGCAAUUAUUUGACUCUACCUGUUAUUCCAGCCAGCAGUCAAUGA